AGGAGGAGAGCGUGGAAGCUGCCGGUCCAGACCGGCACUGAAAAGCAGCGAGUCGAUCGAAUACACAGAGGAAGGGAGAGUUGUGUACAAGUUGUGCUUCCGAAAAUCCGAUCCGCAAACACCACCAACUCUGCUUCUUCGAAUUUCUUCAAAUCCGGAGGAAAAAAAAAAAAAAAAAAGAAGAGUCGGGGAAGCAUGAUUGGAGUAGGGAAGAUCAAGCAAUACUCCAAUGUCCUCGACAAGCCCCUCAGCAAGGGCAAACAGGAGGUUAGUUUGAGUGCGUUUGCGUUCUUGUUUUCGGAGCUCGUUCAGUACAAUCAGACGCAGGUUGACAACAUUGCCGAGUUAGAACGAAGGCUGGAGGAUGCAGGAUAUGCUGUUGGGGCUCGAGUUCUGGAGCUUCUUUGCCAUAGGGAUAAGGGAAACAGGAGGGAGACACGGUUGCUAGGUAUCCUGUCUUUUGUGCAUAGCACAGUGUGGAAGGUGUUAUUUGGAAAGGUAGCUGACUCCCUUGAGAAAGGCACUGAACAUGAAGAUGAGUACAUGAUUAGUGAGAAGGAGCUCCUUGUGAACAGAUUUAUUUCGAUUCCAAAAGACAUGGGAACCUUUAAUUGUGGAGCAUUUGUCGCUGGAAUUGUAAGGGGAGUUUUGGAUGGUGCUGGUUUCCCAGCUGUGGUAACAGCGCAUUUUGUACCAGUGGAGGGACAGCAACGGCCUCGAACAACCAUUUUAAUUAAGUUUGCUGAAGAGGUACUAAGAAGAGAAGCAAGGUUAGGUUGAUGUACGUGACAAGAUUAUCUCAUUUUUGUUGUCCUAGUGGUUCUCCGUAAUACCACGAAGAAAGUUGAGACUUCAAGAUGGAUUAUCAAGCUAGUGAGAUUUUCACCGGUAAACUGAUCGGUCGAACUUGUGGCAAUUCAAUUGCUUUAAUUCACUGUGUAAGCUAUAUGGCGCAAUGCUGAUUUGAAAGUAGUACUGUUGUAAGUGUGAUUUUAUCUAAACAUGGAGAGAAGUAGAGAGAAGAAAACAGUUAUUUACCACAAAUUAUGUUGUUUAUAGAAACUCAAAUGAAUGAUAGGUUUCCUUGGCCUUCUAAACACUUUUUGAGA